AUGGGUUUUGGGAAACUAUCGGAUGACGUGAAGAGAAGAAAUGGGAAUGUAUCCAUGAGAAGAUGGGUUUGCUCAAGAGAAGGCUUCAGGAGAGAUGAAUGGUUGAACAUGCCAAUUCGAAAGAAGAGAUCAAAGCCAAUCACAAGAACAGGUUGUCAGGAGGAUACCAAUGGAUUGCUCGCUCAAGUUUGUUCAAUAAACCUAGUGGGUAUAAGGACAUCUCAGAUUAUGUUGCAUGUGGCCAUUCAAUCGGGAGGCUAUGAAAGAAUACCUUGUCAAGUUAGAGAUGUGUACAACAAAGUUGUUGGUUCGAUAAGGCACGAGAAGUUGGAAACAGAUGCUGAAGGUGCCUUGGAAUUCUUGGAUUGUAUGUCCAGUUGGGAUCCGAAUUUUUGUGUGUACCAUCAACCAGAUGAAGAGAACUGGCUUGGAAAUGUGUUUUGGGCAGAUGGCACUGCAAGAAAGGACUACACAAUGUUCAGUGAUGUGGUUGCAUUUGACACGACAUACAUGAGAAACGUGUAUACUAAGCCAUUAUGCAUUUUGAAGUGUGUGAACCACCACUUCUCCACCUACGUUUUCGGCUUUGCUUUGUUAGUAGACGAGAAAACAACAACAUACUCGUUGAUGCUUAGGGUAUUUAUACAGUGUCACGAUGAUAAAAAUCCAUUAGUCGUUAUCACAAAUGGUGAAAAUGAAAUGUGA